AUGGCUGCUAUUACUUCACUCGUGGAGAAGGUAGAUGCUUUGGUGGCCGAUGCCCUCGCCGACUGGAAUAUAUACACUACCCUUGUCGCCGGGGUUGUCGUCACAUUUGGGCUUUACUCUCUCAUCUCGUCUCGAGAUCCAGAUGUGCCUGGAAACCCCCAUGGCUUGCCCCUUCGUUUUGGACUGAAUGUCAAGGACCCGGGCGCUCCGAAAUGGACUGGCGGUCGCAGAGGAGACCUGCGCGAUAUCUGGAAGACCGCUAUGCGUGGAGCUCUAAAUGAGGAUGGUACUAUGUCGGGAAAGCAAGGCAAGAUCUACACUGUCCUAGGUCGAAAGGCUAUCGAACACUCUUUGGACCAAGUGACCCAAGAAAUCAACGUUAUCGGUCAUCAUCUCCAAAACUCCGGCGCGAAGACGGUGGCUGUUUGCCUUACAGACUCCAUCGAGCUUCUAGCUACAAUCUUUGCCGGUGCUUUCUAUGGAUACAAGACGGUCAUUGUGCCGCACAACCUUCCAGCGGAGACACUAUCAGCGCAUCUACAACAGGUCAACGCGGAUGUUCUUAUUGCCGAAGCCGGAUCUCUUGACCUGUCUCUUAUUGCCAAGGGUAACAAUCAAUUGUCGCUCGUCCUUUGGGUCGCCAAGUAUGGCAACCGACACAUGGACUGGAACGAAGUUCCCGAGGACGCCAAGCAAAGUCUGAAGGUUGCAGUUUGGCAUGAACUGGUCGAGGAGUUCAAGGAACUCGCCAGCUGUGAUGUACCGCAGUAUGACCCAAAGACAGAAACCCCUGCCGUCAGCACUGUUUGGCCGUCCUCCUCACAGUCCGGCAAAUUCAUCGAUUUCCAGCCAGAAAACCUUGUGUCUGCCAUUGGAGCCAUAACCUCCUCUCUCCCUCGUACCCAGCGUUUCAACCCAACCGAUAUUGUUCUUUCUAUCGACUCUCUUUCACGGUCCUACCCGCUUUGCACAACUCUGGCUGCACUGUUUGCCAACUCAUCCAUCGCCCUUAACUCGGUCGCUGGAGAGAAUGUCGAUUUUGCUUUGGCUACGGCUGGCGUGUCUCCCACAGUCAUUGUCGCUUCAUCGCAAACCAUGGCUGAGUACCACGACAAUAUCAUGCGCCCGCACACUGGUAUCAUUUCCUCUCUUGGACGCUGGCUCCAGGCACGGACUUUAGAUGCAGGAAACAUGCCGACACGCAACUUUUUCAGCCAAUUGGCUCGUGUCAGCCCCACUUCUGAGCUUUCGCUAGAUGAAGUGCGCUUGCUCUGCAUCUCCCACCGCAUUGAUGGCAACCCUGCUGCCCAUCUUACCUCCGAGCAAUUGACCGAGCUUAGAAUCUUCACUGGGGCUCGGGUUGUGUAUGCCCUGACCGGUCCCGGUGUUGCUGGUGCGAUUGCCCAGACAAAUGCCUUUGACUAUAGAUGCCUCACCGGUCCUAGCCACUUCGGUGCUCCACUGAGUAGCACGGAAAUUACUCUGACCAAUGUGCCCGAAGGCUCUCCUGACGACACAGCAGAGGGACAGCUCACCGUCUCUGGCCCUGCUGUUGUCGGCGGCACCAUUACUCUUCCCGGCCGAGCCCGCAUCAGCAAGGAUCAUACCUUGGAAUUGUGUUUAUGA